AUGGAGCGGGGUUGGUACAUAAUUUUAGGACUGAUGAUGUUGCACUAUGCGACUCUUAUCUUGACGGUUCAUGCAAGCAAGGAAGCGUGUGGGGUGUGUGAGUGUAGCGACCACGGGACUCGCAUAGACUGCAGUGAUAGAGGUCUGAUGGAGUUACCGAAGGGGAUACCAAACGACACCAAAGUCCUAAACCUUGCCGAGAAUGCCUUGAAGGAGAUACGUAAGCAUGGUUUCUUGGACCUUCCGCACCUUAUUGUGCUCGAUUUGACUGGCAACAGCAUUGACAAGCCUUUCGAAAUUCCAGAGUCUGUGAUGAUGUUACACGCUCGUGGAAAUCAACUGCAAGACAUCGACUUGGUCAUGAAAAAUGGAGUCCAGCUAAAAACAGUGGAUUUCGAAGACAACAGAAUGACGGCUAUUGGUAGAGACACCUUUGCAAGAUGUACAAAGUUGACAAAUGUGAAUUUAAGAGGGAAUGACGUGACUAGUAUUGAAGCGGAUGCAUUCAAGAGUUGCACCAAACUUCGAUAUUUAUUACUGGAUAAAAACAAGAUAUCAACCAUAUCAGCCAAGGAAUUGACUGCCCCGAAGGACAUGGACACAUUGGGUCUUGCCGAAAAUAAGUUGAAGGAGCUCGGCCCAGAUACCUUCAAAGGACUGCAGAUCCGAGAAGUGUGGAUGGACGACAACGAUGUGCAAGUGUUAAAGGCACACACUUUCGGCGGAGUCAUCUCCUCCAUAGUUUUGGAUAACAAUAGAAUUCUCGAGAUUCCAGCUAGUUUAUUUGUGGAUCCCUCGAACAAACAACACAGGAAAGAAAUCGAGAGAUUUUAUUGUCAAGAAAACAGGGUUAACCGAGUCGCCAUUGGAGCUUUUCAAGGUGUUAAUAGGUUCAACAAAUUGUUAAUGCGGAACAAUCGCCUAACGACUCUACCAGAGGGUUUGUUUGACACGAAGACUGAAAUCGGGCAGUUGUUGAUAGCCGAUAACCACCUAGAUUUUCUACCAGAGAAUAUUCUAGUCAACACAACAUUAACCGAAGUUCUUGAUAUUGGCUUCAAUCGUCUCACAUCCAUCCCCGAUGGCUUAUUUCGCAACCAGACCAAGCUACGGACACUUUUCAUGCAACGCAAUAACAUCAGUGUCAUUACCAGAGGAAUGUUUAAGGAUCUUCACUCUCUGGAAGUACUGUGA